UGUGAAAAUCCCACAUAAGCGGAGUGGUGAGCGCGUAUAACUCGCACUUCUCCCUCUGAAAAUCUCAGUUCUCCUACUGUGUUGAGCGCGUGCGAAUUGAUAUACCGGGCCGCUUUAAAUGCCAGUCACCAAGAAGCUGACACUCGAUCUGCAAGACGGAAACGAAGUUAUGACAUCUAAUGGUGAAAAUUGCAACAAUAGGAAGCCAGCCGUGUCGCGGACUCUUUCGGAAAAUUACGAUCUGAACGACGUCGAAGUGCCUGGAACACCCAAGACACCUAGAACUUCGGCCACGCCAGGUCACGAAAAUUGUACAUUCCACCACGACUUAGAACUAGACCAUCGACCACCAACGAGAGAAGCCAUGUUGCCUGAAAUGUCCAGAUCGUACAAAUUAUUAUUAGCUUCCCUUGGGGAAAAUCCUGAAAGACAAGGCCUACUGAAAACACCAGAACGAGCUGCCAAAGCCAUGCUCUUCUUCACCAAAGGAUAUGAUCAGAGUGUUGAAGAGGUCCUCAACGAUGCAGUUUUCGACGAAGACACCGACGAAAUGGUGGUUGUAAAAGACAUCGAAAUGUUUUCAAUGUGCGAACACCAUCUGGUGCCUUUUUAUGGUAAAGUUUCUAUUGGUUAUCUUCCGAGAGGAAAGAUCUUGGGACUCAGCAAAUUAGCCAGGAUUGUAGAAGUAUAUUCCAGACGACUGCAAGUGCAGGAGAGGCUGACGAAGCAGGUAGCUGUCGCUGUAACGAAGGCUGUGCAGCCUGCUGGAGUUGCUGUCGUAGUAGAAGGAAUACAUAUGUGUAUGGUGAUGAGAGGUGUCCAGAAAAUAAAUAGCAAGACGGUAACAUCUACUAUGCUUGGAGUAUUCAGGGACGAUUCGAAGACACGAGAGGAAUUCUUGAAUCUGGUCCAUAGCAAAUAAAACAAGAAGACAAUCAUUUGCCAAAGUAAUUAGGAGUUUUCAGAAAUAUUUUACAUUUUUAUUUGUACCAUUUCAAUGUUAAUUUAUAUUCCCCACAUACUUCGAUAUAAGGGAAUUGUUUUAGCAUUCAAGGUCGUAAGGAAAUAUCUUGGAAAAAAUAUUUAAUUUUUUUUUCAAUUUUCAAAUGAAUUCUGAAAACUCUUAUUGUGAACGGCAAUUACUUACUGUUAAAAUUAAAGUAUAUUAAUAAAAUAACCUAAUUGUGGACCACAUGAAGACAUGUUAUUGCUGAAUAUGAUAUUUAUUAUUCAAAUUACUAUAUCAAUGUGAAAGUGUAUUUAUAUUUUUGUGGAAAUAUUUACCUUAUAAAGAAUGUAUUAUUAGUAAGAAUUCAUCGAAAAAAUUUCAAUAACUCUGUAUAUUUUGGAAAAUCUGUUCAUUCUCAACUCAGAAGUAUUUUUGCUUAUAUAAGUUCUGUGAUAAUGACGAUAAUCUUAAUUUGACAAAGCCGCAACGAUAUUAACAUAAACAGGGCUUUUGUUGUAUAAAUGUUUAUAGUCUGUCUGUCUUUGUCAAAAAAUAAACUAAGCCGAAAAA